GACAACUUGCGAAGGGCGUGCGCGGACGGGUCCGUCUCAGCCGUCCAGGCGCUUUUGGCGAGCCGAGUCCCCGCGACCGCGUCUACCGACCAUGGGUACACUCCCCUUCACGCUGCUGCUGCCCACGGUUGCAGCAAGAUUGUGUCAGUGCUUCUCAACGCCGAAGCACAGGUCGACUGUGUGGCGAGUGGCGGGGUGACGCCGCUGAUGCUGGCGGCCAUGGGUGGCCACAGAAGCACGCUUGAG